UAAGUCUCUCCCACCUGUACGGAUCCCUUUCCCGGCUGCUCCAAUAUAUAUUGAAACGAACCCACCUAAAACCUUCUCCAUCAUACUGCAUGUGCAGCGACCUGACCCGACCCGACCCAACCCAACCCGGCCCACAUUUCCAACCCAUCUUGUUUAUUCUGUUCUCGCCGCCGACUGAUCGGAAUAUCGAUCCCGAGUGUGAGAGAGAAUAAAGAUACUAAAACUAAAUAUUUGAUCUCUUCGUCGGAUUUUUUUUUUCCGAUGACGAUAGCGGCAGCGCCAGCACGCCAGACAGAUCGAUCAGCCUCUGCUUAUUCCCCUGCCUUCGCGACGGCAGCGAAGGCGGUGGCUGUUCCGGUUCAGGUUCCGCCUGGAGCUGUGGUUUCCGAUGGCUUGGGUAAGGAUGCGUUAAUCUCGUGGUUCAGAGGCGAAUUCGCGGCGGCGAACGCGAUAAUCGACACGAUGUGCGCGCAUCUUCGGAAAACCGGAGGAGGAGGAGGAGACGAGGCGUUGUCUGGAUCGGAGUACGAGGCGGUUUUCGCCGCGAUCCAUCGCCGGCGUCUCAAUUGGAUCCCUGUUCUUCAGAUGCAGAAGUACCAUUCCAUCGCCGAAGUCGCGAUCGAGCUUCAGAAAGUGGCGGCUAAGAAGGCGGAGGAUCUGAAAGAAAUGAAAACAGAGGCGGAGGAUCUGAAACAGAAGAAAACAGAGGCGGAGGAGGUGAAGAAAGUCUGUUUUAACGGCGAGAAAGUAACGGAGAAUGAGCUAAACGGAGAUGUAGAAGACGUGGAAGACGAUUCUCCCAGCAGUGAUAUCACUGAUUCAGGUUCUCAUCAAGAUGUUCAACAAACUGCUGCUGCGGAAACUGCACAGAUUAUAUGCCAGAACCAUGAAGAUUGCGAUGCACGCUCAUGUGAGAUCAAGCCUAUCAAAGGUUUCCAAGCCAAAGAGCAAGUGAAAGGCCACACUGUGAAUGUUGUGAAGGGACUAAAGCUGUAUGAAGAGUUACUAAAAGAAGAUGAGUUAUCCAAACUGAUUGACCUUGUGGCAGAACUCCGAGAAUCUGGCCAAAACGGGAAGCUUUCAGGUGAUAGCUUUAUCCUGUUCAACAAACAGAUAAAAGGGAACAAGAGAGAGCUGAUUCAGCUUGGUGUCCCGAUCUUUGGGCAUGUUAAGGAUGACAACUCCAACGACAGCAACGACUCUGUUAACAUCGAGCCAAUUCCAGCACUUCUUGAGAGUGUCAUUGAUCACUUUCUCACAUGGAGACUCAUCCCAGAAUACAAGAGGCCAAACGGCUGUGUCAUCAACUUCUUUGAAGAGCUAACAUCAUCACUCGGAUCUCAUCAAUAUAGAUCUCUGUUGGUGAUGAGAGGGAACAGUGCAGACAUGGCAAGACAUGUAAUGUGUCCAUCAAACACCAAAAGAGUCAGCAUCACGUUCUUUCGUGUACGACCUGAAACACACCAUACCCAUUCACAACCCAACAGUCCUCACCAAGAAGGUGUCAUGACAAUGUGGCAACAACAACCAUGUCACUACUCAAUGGCACCGACUCCAUACCUCAACGGCUAUGAUAUGCAAAAACUUGGAGUCCUUCGUCCACCAAUGGUCAUGAUGGCACCACCACCGGUUCAACCAAUGGUACUACCAAGUCCCAAUGUGAUGGGAACCGGUGGCGGUACUGGCGUUUUCUUACCAUGGGCUUCGUCUCCAUUGAUCUCGGACCACUACACACAUAUGGAUGUGUUCUUCGAAACUCAGGGAGGCUCACCAUUCUCCAUUGAAGUAGGUUACUUCGAUAAGGUUUCAGAGAUCAAACAGAAAAUCGAGAAGUAUCAACGUAUCCCUGUUUCCAAACAAAUCCUCUUCUUUCAAGGCAAUGCUCUUCAAGACGAUCAUGAUAUCGAACAAUGUCAGAUCCUCCACAACUCUCGUCUCCAGCUCUUCAUCUCUUCUCCUGGCAACGACCAAAACCGCAGCAAUCAUCAAGUGUUCAAACCCGAGCAAUCUCCACCGCCAAACCCAACAGAACAGAUCAUCAACGGUCAUCAAGAUUCGACUGUGACGAUGGCGGGGAGCAACAACAACAACAGCAACAACAACCCGAAGAAGCUGAGAGUAAUGGUGUUGCCGAAAUGCGGGACAAGGAAGAUUCCGGUGGAGGUGAACGCCGGUGAUAACGUUGGAGAGCUGAGGAAAGAGCUGAACAAGAUUCAACAGAGGUUUCAGUUAAGUCUGCCACAAGAAGGUUAUUUCUUUAUAUACAAACAGAAUGUAAUGGAUGAUGAAAGGUCAUUCCGGUGGCACCGUGUUGAGCACGGCGAUACUAUUGAGAUUUUCAAUGGAAGUGUUUCCGGUGGCUCUUAA